AUGACAUCCUUAUUAUCCGAAUCUGAACCACAGGAUUCGCUUCCUUUUGUGAAGAAUGAAACGCCCUCUUUCGAUUCUAAUGAGCGUAUUUUAGCUCCAUCGAUUGACGAAGUGGAUUCGAAUCCGGAAGAGUUGCGUACACUGCGAGGUAAAGGUCGUUAUUUUGGUGAGUCAGACCCAUCGGAGUACAUUUCUGAAGCAGAACCAAAAUGCAACAACUGUUCACAACGCGGCCAUUUCAAGAGAAACUGUCCGCAUGUAAUAUGUUCUUAUUGUGGGUUGAUGGACGACCAUUAUUCACAGCACUGUCCAAAAGCCAUCAAAUGCGCAAACUGUAAUGGAGAGGGACACUACCGUAGCCAGUGUCCGCACAAAAAAAGACGUGUCUACUGCACGCUUUGCAAUAGUAAGAAUCAUGCCCGCGAUCGUUGUCCCAGUAUCUGGAGAAGUUACUACUUGUUAGACGGUCAGAAACGGCGAACUUUGGCAAUCCACACGGUUUUUUGCUACAAUUGCGGGGGCAAAGGCCAUUUCGGAGACGACUGUUUCAUUGAAAGGUCUUCACGAGUUCCCAACGACGACGGAAGCGCAUUCUCUGGUAAUAACCUGCCGCAGCAGGUCCAACAAGAUUACUUCACGCACCUGGAUAGGUGCCAGGAUGACUAUUCAUAUGAUCCCUCGCCAAAUAAUAGAAGCUUGUACUCCUCAAAUGGCCUUGAUGACACCGCUUACAGUGAUGAUUCAACUUCCAAGUCACAUUCUAAAAAAUACAAGAAAAGAAGCCGAAGAAAUGAAGAUUUCAAUUCCGGUACAGCUUCGAGGUUCAAGCCGAGUUCCGUGAAUUCAAAUUUUUACCCACCUCCAUACCAAAAGUCAAAGUCAGCUCCAAAGCCAUCAUCAAAGGGAACAGUUCUACCACCCAAAAAACAGCGCAAACAUCCCCUUGACUUUCCUCGUUCUUCAAAAUCUCAACAUCAAAGGUUUGAUUAUUGA